AUGUCCCUCAGCAAAUCCAUCAGAGCAACCCACGACUCUCUCGCCUCCCUCUUUGACCAGAUGGUCGACUCCCUCGACGCCGACGACCAGACCAGACUGCAGAACCAGUUCGUCUGGGAAUUGGCGCGUCAUCUGGUGGCGGAAGAACUGGUGCUGUAUCCUGCCAUGGCCAAGUACGUCGACCGGGGAGUCCUCGAUCUCGACCGAGAUCGAAGAGAACAUGAAUCUAUCAAAUACUAUCUCCGUCUCUUCCAAGGAAUCCCCCCCCAAGACCCCCGUUUCACCUCCACCAUCACCCGGUUGAUGGGCGAACUGCGCGCCCAUCUCCGCCGGGAGCAAGACACAGAGCUCGUCCUGCUGGAGAAUGCGAUCACCAGCGAGGAGAAUCUCCGACUGGCGAAGAGUCUGUCGCGGACGAAGCUGUUUGUUCCGACGCGCGCACAUCCCCAGGCCCCGGACCAACCGCCUUUUGAGACGGCUGCGUCUUUGCUUCUUGCGCCGAUGGACAUGCUGAACGAUCUACUCCGACGGUGGCCGUAG